GCAUCAUAUAAGUUAUUCAUAUAAUAAAGAAAAAUGAAUUUACAAACGGAACCGCUUUCCAGGAAAGGAAAGCAUGUUGUAUGUAUGGCUUCAGAUUUCUUUUAUCCAAACACUGGUGGAGUUGAGGAACAUAUUUACAAUCUAUCUUUAUGUUUGAUAAAACGUGGUCAUAAAGUUAUUGUGAUAACACAUUGUUAUGGAGAACGUGUUGGAGUUCGGUAUUUAACCAGAGGCUUAAAAGUAUAUUAUUUGCCUAUUAGAGUCUUUUAUAGCCAAUGUGCUCUCCCAACCAUGAUUUGUAAUAUAGCUAUUGUCCGUUAUAUUUUGAUACGAGAGAGCAUCAGCAUUGUUCAUGGCCAUUCAGCUUUUAGUGUACUUGCUCAUGAAGUGUCUAUAAUAGGAAAAUUAAUGGGACUCAAAACUGUUUUUACAGAUCACAGCCUAUUUGGUUUUGCUGAUAUGUCUGCAGUAUUAACUAAUAAAUAUUUACAAAUGUGCUUGUGUGAGUGUGACCAUUGCAUAUGUGUAUCACAUACAGGAAAAGAGAAUACAGUGCUUCGAGCAAAAGUUAAGGCCCAUAAAGUAUCUGUUAUACCAAAUGCUGUUGAUGCAUAUUCUUUUAUCCCAGAUCCUAGCCAAAGAGAUCCAAAUUAUGUUACAAUUGUAAUUGUUUCUAGACUAGUUUAUAGAAAAGGUGUAGAUUUAAUGGCUGCAGUAAUAGCAGAUAUGUGUCCCCGUUAUCCUAAUAUUAGGUUUAUUAUAGGAGGAGAUGGUCCUAAAAUGUGGUUAUUGCAAGAAGUAAGAGAGAGAAAGGGCUUUCAGCACUGUGUUACCUUACUUGGCAGUCUUAAGCACUCAGAAGUAAGAGAUGUGUUAGUUAAAGGGGAUAUAUUUUUGAAUACAUCCCUAACAGAAGCAUAUUGUAUGGCUAUUGUUGAGGCUGCCUCUUGUGGUCUAAAGGUUGUUUCAACCAAAGUUGGUGGUAUACCUGAAGUACUACCAGAUGAUAUGAUUUAUUUAGCUGAACCAAAUGUUUGUAGUAUAAUAAAUAGCUUAGAAGUAGCCAUAAUGGACAUAAGAGAUGGACACUUUGUAUGUCCAUACCGGUGCAAUACAAAUGUUAGGACUAUGUAUAAUUGGAUGGAUGUUACAAGAAGAACAGAGAUUGUAUAUGACAGAAUUUUGCUCAAUAAAAAUAAACCUUUAGGUUUGCAGUUGAAAAGCUAUCUCUCCUGUGGUGUGUGGCCCUUUUUGUUAGUCAUAAGUUUAAUGUAUUUAUUGUUGCAAUUAGUUGAAAGAGUAUACAAAAGGAAACAUAUUGAUAUAGCUAGGGAUUUGAAGUUAUGAUGUAAAUAUAAAUGUUUAUGAUUUUAUUUAUAUUAAGGCAUAAACAAGUUUAAACAAAUCUAAAUUCAGACUUAAUACAAAUAUGAAUACCAAAAAAUACUUUAUAAGAAAAAACAGGUUAUACAGGUUUUGUAUAUAAUAUGAUAUACAAAGCAUGCAUGUUUUUUAUUGUCAUGUAAUGAGUUCUAAUUUAUUUAGUUCAUUAAAUGAUUUUAUAUUAAAAGUCUAUUAACUGUGGAAUGAUAUUUAUUUAUAAUACUAUGGCCAAAUAAUCAUGCAAUAACAUUAGCCACAUUAUUGAACAACAUGGAAAAAAUUAUAAAUACAUAUACAAUGACAGUCUGUUACAUACAAUAACAGUCUGUUACUCAAUAGAAUAUAAUUUUUACUCUAUUUUAAACGUAACGUUUUUAUUAGUAUUUUAGCAACUGUGACAUUUUAUCAAGAUUAAUGACAAAAAUUUAGGCUAAUAACUGUUGUAGUUAAUUCAGCUUCUUCAGGCCCUGAAAAGAAAUUUCAUUCAAGUCAAUCCAAUUUUAUUCAUGACACUUACAAAUAAAUAAUAUUAUGUAUUUUAUAUGGUGCAUAUUGGACAUGUUAAGAACUUACACUUUAGCACGAGGUGGAUAUUUAGGACUGACUCCAGACUGCUUCAGCUGCAACACAAUAGAUCGCAGACGGGCUACAUCGCGACCCCUGCGUGGGCCAAAGUCACAGAGCUCUGAUACACGAGCCCACUCAUUGCCUUCCUCGACAGUACUCUCUGAACCACGUGCUAGUGCUUUUUCUGCAUUUCUAGGUAUUUUUAAAGGUUACAAUAAGAAAGUUUAAUAAUACUUAAUAUUCAUAAUUGAAAAAUCUUUACAAUUAGGCACAAUGUUACAUGAUUAAAAAUAUAUAGCUUAUUAUGGUACAAUGAUUUUGUAAAAUUUAAAGGUGUUGUUACCUUAAUAAACAAGAAAAAUAUUUAUUUAUUAUUUAUGUUGUGAAAAACGAGUUAAAAAACUAACACCUAUGUAUUUGGUUAAUAUUUUAGCAAAAAAUUUAUCUGCAACAUCAUUAUUACCAUUAUAUGAUCUUUUAAUAUUAUUCAAUGUGGACAGAACAAAACCCUGUUAACUUUUUGCUUAACAAACCCCAGAUUACCUAUGACCCAAAAAAUAAUAAAACACCACCACCGAGAACAAAAAAUUAGUAUUGAGCCCCUAUAUUGCUGUACUCACUUUGCAGACUCCCUGCGUGCAUAGAAAAAAAAAAUUAUAUAAGGCACAGUAAAUAGAAUUAAAUUUUUGUCUUAAAUUAUACCAAAUCUACAAGCUCUCAUAAAUCCUAAUAAUUAAGUGGUUGUUAUUUUUAAGCUACUAUGAUUUUAUAUAUUUUAAUAUAUAUACAUUAUUUACAUGCAAUUUACUACUUGAAUAAGCUUUCUAUUGUAUUAUUACAUAUAAAAAAACAAUUGUAGAUGUGGUUUUAUAAUAUAUAUGUUGGUUUUACAAAAGAAAUUUUAUGAUACUAUAUGAAUAUUUUACCUAUUAGCAGCUUUGGUUUUUGAUAUCUGUUCUUCAUGUGUCUUGUACCAAUCUUCUAGUUCCUUUUUCGCCACUUUUAGCAUUUCUUGCUUCUUCAUCUCUUCUUCAGCAUCUAUAAUUUGCGACAAAUCACUAUAUAUAUGUGUAAAGGAUACAACAUCUUAAAAGGUAGACUAAUCACAAUAGUAGAGAUAAACAAGAUUUACUCAAGUGAGGAAUAGUGUAUAUAUGUCCUUUCAUAAUAAAUUAUUCUUUACCUUUCUCCUCUAGUCUCUUUUUUUGUUCUUCCCUCCACAGUUUGAUUUUUUCGGGCUCUUCUCUUUCUUGUUUAAAUACCGAAACUACAGGGGUUGCGGCUGGAGCCACAGUAGGUUCAUCAUCCAUCAAACCAUUCGCGUCAAAAGCUGCUGCACUUGGUACUUCUAUGCAAAGACAGUAAAUUAUAGUUUAUAUUUAUUAUUUGGUGUAUUGUUUUAACCCACUACGAAAGGAACAUAUCUGGGCAAUAAUUAAAAGUUACUUAAAAAUAUUCCUUGCUUGGAAACUUAUAAGAUCUAUAGUGAUGCAUUAAUAAACGAAAAGGAAUAUAUUACCCACGAAAUCGUCAAGUCCAUUUGAAGCUAAACUCGUCGCAACAGGGGGCGGUGCACUUGUUUCCAGGUCAUCUUCUAGACCUGCGAGCUGAUUCUGUUCACGAGCCAAGAAUUCGGCUGCAGGGUCCACUUCGG